UCUUCCCCCCGUACCGCUUGUGGGGGUUUCGCAUAAACGUGAUAUACGUACAACCGUACCGUGCCCUCAGCAAACGUAGAACCGUACGGAACGCGCCGAGUACAACCGAGCGAGUGUCUCUCAGGUCUGAUGUUGAUCAUCAACCGCCCAGAAGUUUUGAUCGUAGCCGACGACAGCGAGUAACAGUGGAAAUACUGGGGACGACGAACGGAGUUGGCCAGAUUGUUCUUGAUUUAGGGCUUUGAUCAAGAACAAUCGUUCGCCAACUGGGAAGAAAGUAAAGCUGGAACGAUAAUUUGCGUGCUGUCCGACGGACUUCCCUAUCGGAAUCGACGAAACAUGGAUACGUUCGACUCGGAACUCUACGACAGCGACGGUGAAGGCAACAACGAUGAUUCGCAAAUGAACUCGUCCGAGGGUAACAUCAUAUUAUCUUGCGAGCGCUGUGGACGACAAGGUUAUGCGAGUAGUUUCUACGGUAAGAAGAAGCAGUACUGUUCCUUCUCCUGUUCGAGACCAUCAGUCAUGGCGAAGAAAAUUCAGCAGAAGAAGAAUCAACAUAGAGUGCCAGGGAGCCAUGAUUGGCGGGGGAUGUUGGACUCUACAGGGUUCCAAGUCAGUUCAGUGGCUUCUUUCAAGAACGCGCCGCUAUCCGAAUGGUGGGCCAGGAACGUCACCAUCGGCAUGAAGGUCGAAGUGCAAAAUCACGAUGCUCCUGAAAAUAUUCACCGCGUAGUAUACUGGGUGGCUACCAUAUGCGACAUCAAAGGCUACUAUGUCAAGCUACGAUACGUCGGAUUCGAUAACGACGCGGCGGACUUCUGGGCCAACCUAUGCUACGUACAAGAAGAAGAUACUCAUAUUGUUGAUCACUCAGUUCAUCAUGUCGGAUGGUGCGCAUUCAACGAUAAACCGCUCGUUCCGCCGAAAACGAUAGAAGACAAGACCGAGAAUUGGAAAGACUACAUGGUUCAGAAGCUGACGGGAAGUAAAACACUCCCGCACAACUUCCAACAAGUAGUCCGAGAAAAGCUCAAAAGCCGCUUGGAAAUCGGAAUGAAGCUCGAAGCAAUCGAUAAGACGAGGCUGAGCUCUCUCCGAGUUGCCGUGGUGAACAAAAUCGUCGGGCGGAGAGUUUACGUCAAGUACGAGCGGAUGGAAGAAGACGACGAAGGUUUUUGGUUCCACGAGAAGUCCAGUAUGAUACAUCCCGUGGGCUGGGCUCGAGUACAUGGUCAUGAGCUUCUGUCCACGGAAGAAUACGCGAGGAGUAGUCUUUCCAAAGCCACGUCAAACAAAUUCGGAUCGAAGGAAGCUUCGUGGGUUCAUAUACCGCCAUUGGAACUCCCCGAGAGCGUGUUCAAAGCAUUUGAAACUAAUCAUUUCGAAGUAGGAAUGAAGCUUGAGGUCAUUGAUCCACUCAAUCUGUCCACUAUCUGUGUCGGAACCGUUCACAAAAUUCUACGCAAUAAUUAUUUGAUGAUCGGCGUCGAUGGAGCGACUCAUCCGAACGGAUCUGACUUAAUGUGCUAUCACGCAUCGUCACCCUAUAUAUUCCCAGCAGGCUUUUGCAAAUUAUAUAAUCUUGACUUGCAACCGCCCCACCAGAUCAAGAGAAAGGACUUUGACUGGGACGAAUAUCUCAAGGAGACGAAAAGCAAAGCAGCACCGUUCUGUCUGUUCCGGAGAGGCUUGCCGAACCAUGAUUUCAAGGCGGGCCAGUAUCUCGAAGCAGUCGAUUUGAUGGACCCGAAACUGAUCUGCGUUGCCAGGGUGACUCAUGUGGUAGAUCGCCUCGUGAGGAUUCAUUUCGAAGGAUGGAGUGAAGAAUACGAUCAGUGGGUGGACUGCGAUAGCCCCGAUAUCUUCCCAGUGGGCUGGUGCGAUGUUGUGGAAUAUCUACUCACCCCUCCGAACCCAGCUGGCGAAGGUCCGAGCGGCGCUCAAAGUUCAGCUAAGAAGAAGAGAGAAAGCACUUCAACCGGCCGACGGAAAAAACGCAAGAUGAACAAAGGAGGGAGUAACGGGAAGUUCGAUGAGCCGAAACAGGCAGUCAGCAGUUUGGAAGGCCCAUAGGAUAGGACGGGAGUUUUUCAUGUGCGAUACCCUCUUUGCUCCAUAUUGCGCAACGAGCGUAGUCAUC